UUCGUUUCCGAGAUUUAUCUUUGACCAUGUAGUAGCCUCGCUACGCUGCAACCCUUCGCACAAGCAUUCAGAGGGUAGGAAUAAAAACAUAAUAAUGACAUUGCUGUCACUCUCCUAUGCCGACACAUUCCGACCCAGCCUCAUUCUUGUCCGUGCGCUCGCGCCGACUGCACAAGCUUAUAAAUAUAUAAACUAAAAAAAAAAAAAAAAAAAAAAAAAAUGCCUAAACGCAAACGCGAAGAAUCGAAAGAGGAACGUUGGUCAAGAAAAAUGAAGAAAUAUGAAGCGAAGCUUCUUAAAACACAGUGUCGUAAUACUAAGCGUAUUGUUUACUCCAGCGAUGAAGAUGAUGUACAUAUCGAAGAACAUCCGGUACCUGGAGAAACUGAAUUGUUUAAUGUGGGUAAUAUUUCAAGCGAACAGCAAGAAAUUUUCUCGGAUCUUGACUCGUACCAAGACCUUCCUCCUAAGGAAGUACCCUUAACUGUAACUGAGAAUAAUGAGGAAGUCGCAGAAUGCAUUGACUCGGAAUUAUUACAAGCCUUAGGAGAAAAUGAAUCGGAAAUUACUGAAUAUGGUGAUGAAAUAUAUAAAGAUAUAGCAACAAGGUUCCAAAAAAUUUUAAUAGAGGGCUUAAGAAAGGAAAAUAGAGAAGAACUUAUAAAGAAAUAUCUGUUUCCUAAAAAUUUACCGUUCUUAAAGGCACCCACUCUAAACCCAGAGGUCCAUGCUAUGCUUCCUGAGCCUUGCCGUCUCCGCGAUAAACGUUUGAUUUGUAAACAAGAUCAGCUCGGACGUGCACUAUCAGCCCUAGGAAAGGCCAUGACGGCUCUUUUAAAGAAAGACCCUGUUAUAUCCGAAGUUAUUCGCAUAUUGAGCGAUACGGGAAAACUUAUCGCAGACUCCCACUACGCAGAAACAGACACCCGUCGGUCAGUCAUCAUUCCAUUAGUAGACAAAUCUUUGGCCGAUACUUUUAAAAACCGGAAGAGAGAUACUUUCUUAUUCGGAGAGAGUUUAUCUGAAGUAGUGAAGGAAUCUCGAGGAAUUAAGAAGACUAGUCAAUUAAUUCAAGCUACAGCCUCUUCUUCCAGCUCUGGUUUAAACUUCAGGGGCCCAUCGGCUCGACCACGUCAGUGCGCCAGUCAAACCAACUCGCAACAACGAGCCGGUGGGCACAAAACUUCAUAUGCGAAUCGGCGACGUGUAGUCGCCGCACCGGCGCCACACAGUCGCCGUCCGCAACCACCGCCGCCGCCGCCAGCGCGGCGCCAACCAGUCUACAAGCCGCGACCAGCAGCCGAUCGGUCGCGGAAUUAAAUACAGAAUCUCAGGUAUAUGCAGGUCGCUUGAAAUAUUUUUUACACGCUUGGCGUUCAAUUACAAGCGAUAACUUUAUUUUAAAUUCUAUUCAAGGAUAUUCAAUUCCAUUUAUUACUAUACCAGAACAGAGUCCAAGUGAAUAUCCAAAACGUAUUUUUUGUUCUAAUGAACGAAUUGCACUUAAAAAACAAAUUCAACAUUUGAUAAAAUUAGGGGCCAUACAAAAAUGCAAUCCUGUUAAGGGACAAUAUUUAUCUGACAUAUUUUUAGUGCCAAAGAGUGACGGUAGCAUGAGGUUUAUAUUGAACCUUAAAAAAUUAAAUAAAUAUGUUCGUGUCGAACAUUUUAAGAUGGAAGAUAUUAGGACGGCGACAAAACUAAUAACUGAAGGGUCUUUUAUGGCCAAUAUUGAUUUGCAGGAUGCUUAUUUUUUAGUCCCAAUCCAUGCUAGCCAUAAAAAAUAUUUACGAUUUUAUUUUGAAGGAAUACGAAUUCACUGCACUCCCGUUUGGAUUAUGUUCUGCGCCUUACAUAUUUACAAAAAUUUUACAGCCCGUUAUGACUCACUUAAGAGCUCGUGGUUUUAAAUCA